AUGGAUCUCUGUUAUGAGGCUUUGAAUGGAUCCUGUUGGAAAUAUACACGACCUUCCAGCGUCCAAGUUCCAAUGCUUAUCACCAUGACGUUGACCACCUUUGUGACAAUCAUUGGGAAUCUGGUCAUCAUCUCCAUAGGACAUUUCAAGCAGCUCCACAUGAACAUGCCAACAAACCAACUUAUUCUGUCUCUCGCCUUGUGUGACUUUCUACUUGGACUAUUCGUCAUGCCGUUAAGUGCUGUCCAUUCCUGGCAAGGCUGUUGGUACUUUGGUGAUUUCAUGUGUAAAAUACACACAUGUAUUGACAUCAACCUCAGCACCGCAUCGAUUUUCCACCUUGUGUGUGUGUGUCGCCCAUUAAAGUACCAUUCUUGUAUUGGUUUACCAACGGUACCAUUUAUGAUCUCUAUAAGCUGGUUGAUCCCUGCCGUAUUCACUUACACAAUGACCUUCUGUGAACUCAACCUCCUGGGUGCCAGGGGCUUCUACGAAACACAUGUAUAUUGUGCGGGAGGUUGCCAUGUGUUAUUUAGUCAUGGUUCGGCGGUGAUCGCUUCCAUGAUUUCGUUCUAUGUUCCUGGCCUCAUCAUUAUUGGGAUCUAUUACAGAAUCUACAUGGUUGCUCGAAACCAAGCAAGAUCAAUUAAUCUUCUGUUUAACCAGUUAAGGAGAGUUUAUCCAUCAAGAGAUGCACAACAUCGAGCACGGAGAGCUACGAUAACAGUUGCUAUCAUGGUUGGAGUUUUCCUUUUUUGUUGGACACCCUUUUUCCUCCGUAACAUCAUGGAUCCUUUUAUUGGCUACACCAUCCCCUCAGUGGUGAUUGAUGCUCUUGUUUGGUUUGGCUAUGUCAAUUCCACCUUAAAUCCAUUCAUUUAUGCAUUAUAUCCUUAUUCUUGGUUCAGAAAGGCUGUCAGACUUAUAAUAAAUGAAAAAAUAUUCCAAAAUAAUAGCAGCAGAAAACGGCUGUACCCGUAA